UUUCGUCUCAAAGAUGCCAAAUUUGGUAUCGUUGCUUGUCAUCGUGCUCGACGUUGAAGACGAUGGAAAACGACCGCGAGCGACAUUCGGCUUCCAAGCAUAAACGCAGUAGAGACAAAGACGAGCACAAAAGCAAGAAAAAGCACAAGUCUGAGCACAAGUCCCACAGGCGCAAGACUCGCACAGACGCGGUCCAUAUCACGGACGAUGACGCCAACGACGACGAUAUGUGGGUCGAAAAGAACAUCGACAACGACGGUGAGCGGCUUCUUGCUACGGACAUUCCAACUGCAGAAAGCUUGAAGAUUACAACUCAUGCAACUGCCGGAGAGGCAGACCCGCCACUGCCGCCUAAUCUGACAACGGAAACGAGACUAAAGCGUGACGAGUGGAUGCUUAUGCCAUCUGGCGGUGUUGCAGAACCUUUGAAUUCGUCGAGGCCAUCGGCCCAAGGAUUACCCACAGGAGACGAGUCGUUUACAGAAGACUACAGCGAAUCCUCUUCGAGCCAACGCGCACCUGCUGGAGGCAUCGACUUCUUUUCCUCCCUGGGCACCGAACGCAAACGACCACCGCGACCUGACAAGCCUGAUCCUGACAAGAUCAAAAUUAGUUCUAAAGAAAUCAAUCAAGACAUCCGUGCUGGUCGUUCAGUCGACAAUGAUGCACCUCCCCCACCUCCAAAAGUCACAACCCCCGGUGGCCCAGGCUCUAAUUGGCGUAUGAUGCGUCUCCGACGCGUUUACGAAACCGCAGAGGAGGAAAACAAACCCAUCGAAGAAGUUGCGCUCGAGCGUUUCGGUACGCUGCAAGCAUUCGAAGAGGCCAAAGAAGAACGGCGCAUACUUGACGAACGCCAAGGCAAACGUUCAGAACGCAAGGACGACAGAGGUCGCGGGCGUGAGGGCGGUGGGGAGAAACGUUUCAUGUUUACUGACGUCGGCGCGAGUGGUGCUUCGUCCCGUAGCUCGUCCUUCAGACGCCCUGGCUCAGGUCCAACAGGAAGUGCCCCCUCCACGCCAUCCCCCGCUAAUCUGCCAGCGAACCGUCGCAUUGACUCUUUACGUUUACCCUCGCAGGCCGCAUCCCCACUUGCACAGUCGCACACGCCAAUACCAACCGUCAUGACGCCGUCUGUACCGACGACGAGCACGCAUCGCGCUAUGUCACCUUCAUCGCUGAACAAGCUACAGGCUCAGGUUCUGCGUGCGAAACUAAUGAAUGCACCGAACGCCGAGAAGCUUGAGGAAGAGUACGAAGCAGAGGUAAGACGGGCGAAGAGUGGGGAGGGCGGAGUCAGAACACGCGUGGAAGUUUUACCGACGUUGGAUGCCAGGGGACAAAUGUAUGAUGUUGGUCAUGGCAAGGAUGACGCAGAGAAAGGCCCCGGUAACAAGCGGAAGAAAGAUAAGUUUGAAACGCGUGAUCCGAAGACGGGAGAACUCCUCAGGUAUAACGCUGAUGAUGAUGAGAUCACCCUGGGUGAGAUGGUUAGGCAGGAACGGUUUGGAGCAGGCAUGGCGGACCAGAAGAAUUUGGAUGCACAAUUCGCCAAGGCUAUCAUGGGAGAUGGCAAGUUUGUGAAUGAUCUUGACUAUAUGGAUGAUAAUGCGGAAAGACUUGGGCGGCAGAAAAUGCGAACCGACGCAAUGAAACGACAAUUUGCUGUUCAUGACUACAAACGCACUCAAAAAGCUCUGUCAACGUGUCAGUUCUGCUACGGCGAAGAUGACUCGCCUCCAAAAGCACCUGUCAUUGCUAUGGGCACACGAGUCUACCUGUCCUGCACCCUGAAUGAGGAGCUUCUAGAUGGUCAUUGUCUCAUCGUGCCUAUACAACACCAUCUUACAAUGCUGGAAGCUGACGAUGAUGUCUGGGACGAAGUGCGGAACUUCAUGAAAAGCCUCAUGCGCAUGUUCGCCGAAGAAGACAAAGGAGUCAUAUUCUAUGAAACUGUCAUUUCCCUCAAGCCGCAAAAGCACACCUGCAUCGAGUGCGUACCGCUCCCAUGGGACAAGUAUGACGACAUCCCAGCCUACUUCAAGGAGAGCAUCCUCGCAUCUGAAGCAGAGUGGUCGACGCACAAGAAACUGAUCGAUUUCUCCGCUCGGCCUGGAGGAUUCAGACGCGCGAUGGUGCCGAACCUACCAUACUUCAUGGUGCAGUUUGACUACAAGGGAGAGAAGGGGUACGGACAUGUUAUUGAAGGCACGGGUGAGUCAGCUGCAACGGGUGAGGAGGAUGGGGCCUUGGAUGAAGGGGAUAAGGGUGGUGGAGAUUUUCCAAGAUAUUUUGCGGGAGAGAUUAUUGGGAACGUGCUGGAUCUCGAGCCACGUCAGUGGAUGCGACCGCGGAGGGUGGAUUAUCGGCAUAACAAGGAUCGGAUACAACGGUUGAAGAGAAUGUAUGAAAAGUAUGAUUGGACGGGGUUGAUCGGGGAGUCGUGAUGGAUUCGUUGACUUUGUUUGCUAUUCGGACUUGUUGUAUUGCCUUGCUGUCGUACACACGCUUGUGAAUUUACUGUCACAUGAGUCGUAACCUUG